AUGAUUGACGCCCUCUACCACGACAUCUUUGUCAAGAGAGACACCUGCGAGGCCGACAACGAGUACAAUGGUGAGCACUGGGGUGCUCGUAUCUCCUCGGUGUUCGUGAUUUUGGUCACCUCCGGCUUUGGAACGUUCUUCCCCGUGCUUUCCUCCAGAUACUCGUUCAUCAGACUCCCACCAUGGUGUUUCUUCAUCGCCAAGUACUUCGGUUCUGGAGUCAUCAUUGCCACCGCGUUCAUCCACUUGUUGCAACCAGCAGACGAGGCAUUGUCCAGUGAGUGUUUGACUGGACCCAUCACCGAGUAUCCAUGGGCAUACGCCAUCUGUUUAAUGACGCUCUUCCUUUUGUUCUUCUGUGAAAUGUGUGCCUACCGUGUGGUGGACUCCAAGUUGGAGGCUUUGGGCCUUUCUGACGGCAAUGGCCAAGGAGGUCACUCCCACUUCGGAGACGAGUCCACCUACAUCAAGAAGAACGAGUCGGACGAAGAAGGCGAAGACGCCGAGGACGACUCCACCAAGAAGCAGAAGCAAACUGCUGUGGCCAACCCUUACCCCAGCCACUUCCUGCACGCGUUGGAGCACCAGGACCCAGAGGUCUUGGGCACCCCCGUUGCCAGACAGGACAAAGAACAGUACUUCGGUCAGUUGUUGAACAUUUUCGUCUUGGAAUUCGGCGUGAUUUUCCACUCUGUUUUCGUCGGUAUUUCGUUGGCUGUUGCUGGUGACGAGUUCGUUUCCCUUUACAUCGUGUUGGUGUUCCACCAGAUGUUCGAAGGUUUGGGUUUGGGUUCCAGAAUUGCGGUUGUUUCGUGGCCAAAGUCCAAGAGAUGGACCCCCUGGAUCCUCUGUCUUGCCUACACCUUGACCACUCCCAUCUCCAUUGCCAUUGGUUUGGGUGUCAGAGAGUCGUACCCACCAGGCUCCAGAAGAGCCCUUUUGACCAACGGUUGUUUCGAUGCCAUUUCCGCAGGUAUCUUGUUCUACACCGGUAUUGUUGAGUUGAUGGCCCACGAGUUCUUGUACUCUGGCGAGUUCAAGGGUAAGGACGGCUUUAGAAAGAUGUUAUGGGCUUAUUUCGUGAUGUGUUGGGGUGCUGGCUUAAUGGCAUUGUUAGGUAAAUGGGCUUAA